AUGGCACCCGUCGAGCGUGCGAUGGAGAUGCUCCGGUCCAAUCCCUUCUCCCGAGUUCGGAGGGAACAGCGGGAGCGGCGCUCGUCACGAGACGAAUCGGCGCCACGACGACUCGGCGAGACGGCGACGAACCCAGAAUCACGGCCCGUGCAUCCGAUGGACGAGUCGAACUCGAGGAGAUACCUGCCCGGACGUGGCGACCGACCAGGGCGGAAGCCGCGGACGUGGAUGACGAGAGCUUCGAUUGCGUCGACGACUCAUCGUCACCGUCACGGCGACGAGGGCCAUCGGACCCCGGCAGGGCCGUCACCCUCGCCUUCCUCUCCAUCGCCCUUUGUGCCGCAACGACAUCUGUCGACGCCGGGGAACGUCGUGACGGCACCGCCGAGGAGCCACUUGCGGCGAGCGGCCACUCUCCCCAUGCCCAUGACGCCGCUGCACCGCACCGGCCAGGUCGCCGUCGCCGGGGAGCCGGGUCAGGACGGCCAGGACGAGGGCCAAGAACGGCCCCGGAGGCGCUGCCUCUUCUGCCUCGGCUCCGUCCAAUCUCGACGCACGCGCUUGCACAUCGUCACCUGCCUCGUCUCCGGCAUCGCCGCCGCGUCCCUGCUGGCCGUCUAUGUCGCUCUCACCGUGACGCAAAACAUCCGCCAGGGGGAGCUCACCAUCGCCAUCCUCCUCGUCAUCCUCGCCGUCGCCUCCAUCUUCGCCUACAGCCUUGUGCGACUGCUGCUGCUCAAAUUCCAACCAGACCGCCUCAGCAGGCGACGCCGGCCGCCGGUCCCCGACAUCAUGGGCCACCGCGGCUACGCCGUUCCCCCGAAGCCGAUACCGGUCGUGCUCGCCCGAGACGAGGACGCCGUCGGCAUCGAGAGAGAGGCCGGCCAGCUGCACCCGCCGGCCUACGGCCUCUGGCGCGAGAGCGUGCGAGUGGACCCCAACAUGCUAUUCUGGCAGCGAAACGCCAACGCCGAGCCGAACCCAUUGCGGCUUGAGAACCAACCCGGGCCAAGGCCGCCGUCGUACGCGUCCGACGACGGCAUAUCGUACGUUGUCGAAGCGAGGCCGCGGUCCGUGGCCCCGCCCACGAGUUUUAUUUACACCUCCGACGCCGUGAGGGCGACGCAGAGGCAACCGCCCGGUCCCGAUGCACCCUUCUGA